GGGAAAAAACAAGAAAUAGAAAGUAUCGAUUCAACAUGGAUGUGGUAUUGAAGUUGACUGUGCUUCUAAUAGUCGUUAACGGAAGAAACAGUUUAGCCAUGAGGAUUAAAUGUUCUGAUGAGAUCGCUGUUGGUAACACUGUUUGGAAUUGUUCAGAUUCAAAUAUCUUCGAAUUUCCCAAUCUUAGCAUACAUCCUGGAAUUGAGAUAUUGGAUUUCAGCUUCAACCAGAUUAAUCAUAUUCCCAAAAUUGACCAGGAAAUAACAGAUAAAAAUUGUCCAGGACAUAUCCAAAAACUUUAUCUACAGCAUAACCAAAUCAAAUCACUUGAUAACGAUACAUUUUAUAACCUGAAAUGUCUGACAUAUCUAGAUUUAUCUUACAACCAACUUUCAGGGGUCGAUUUUAAUGAAAAUAUAUUCCACGGUCUUCUGAAUUUAAUAACCCUUAAUAUAUCGUAUAACCCACUGAUGGUAUUGAAGAACUUUUCAAUGGAACAUUCUAGUGUUGCUAUUUUGGAACACUUUGAAGCUGUUAAUUGUCAGCUUGGAACUAUAGAACCCGAAUCCCUUAAUCAGCUAAGUUUUUUGAGAAGUAUGAACCUAAGUCACAAUAGUUUAUCUUCUGUGAAUUCUCAUUUAUUCAAUCAUCUAAAUUUCUUAUGUCGACUGGAUUUGAGUUACAAUAAAUUAACUGAUAUCACCAACCAAACCUUUUACCCUCUGUUGGCAUUGAAACAUCUACAUUUAGAUUCAAAUCAAAUCUCCAAAAUACAAGAUGGUGCUUUUCAUGGAUUAACCCGGAUGUCUCAUCUGUCGUUGAGAAAUAACACACUGUCCAAGUUUCCCUUUGAGCCAUUGAGACCUGCAAUUGCCCUUAAAGAGUUGGAUAUAAGUGCUAACUUGAUUGCUUCAUUCAACAAAUAUUCGGGUAAUGUUAUCAGAACAAAAAUGGAACUAUUUAGAAUGGAGGAUAUGCCUAGACUUCGUUAUAUCGGUGCUCACUCGACGACGGUCUUUCCCCAUCUUAAAUAUUUGUAUCUCAGAAAUAAUCAUGCAUUAAACAAAAUCGCACCAGAAGCUUUCACAGAGAGUUUUAAAAGUCUACAAUAUGUUUAUAUAAAUGACAAUGGUUUAACGACAAUUGAUAAGGAUACGUUUCCCUGGAGCAGUUUAUUGGAUUUAGAUUGGUCUGGCAAUCCAUGGGCCUGUGAUUGCUAUUUAAAGUGGGUGGUAACAUUUCAUUCAGUCAAUAAAACUUUAAAAUGCCAUACACCAACAAAAUUUAAAGGAAGAGAUUUGCUGGAGUUGCAUCCCCUGGAUUUGAAAUGCCCUCGUUCGUUAGUAAUUGUGUUUCUCGCGUUUGCAAUUUCAAUAACUGUUGCCCUAGCGGUUGCUAUAUUAUUUAUUUUGUGGAGAUAUAAACAUAGAUUUAGAUGUUUGAGAAGAAAUAAUAGUAGAUACAGGUCUGUCUAUACAAAUGAAAGGGAAGAUGAAGACGGUAGAGCGAGCAUUGAGCUUACACCAGAGGAUGAACGUCCCCUAACCUCCGGAGGACAUGUUACUGAAAAUGACUGAAUCUAU